UAGGAACGAUUCAAUGUUAACGCUUCAACACCUCUUAAUAUAUGCUUGAUUCCCAAAGCUUUUCGUAAAUGGAUUAAACCAAAAAUAUAUAAACCUUUAAUACCUAAUCCGUCGGAACUGGGGCCAAGUCAUUCACCAUGAUAUGCUUACAAAAUCAAAUAGAUUGUGGGCAUAUGUUUUGUUUAUACAAGACUUCCUUUGGCCUUAGGGCUGAUUCAGAGUUUUGUCACAAAUGAAUCAGUUUAUUUUAAGCGUAAUGGAAAGCCAAAGCGCACGAAAAGAACUCUCUCGUUGGCCAUCGGCGUCAAACGUUAUUUUCAACCAGGCGAUCAUCGAAGGCGACGUGGCGAAGGUGAAAUUUUUGUUGAAAUACGGUGGGAAACAGAUUGCGCUCAAUGAAAGGAACAAACUCGGUUUGACUCCUUUACAGCAAAGUUGUGUUGACGGUAAUCUUUCGCUAGUGAUGUUACUUCUUGAUCAUGGAGCUGAUAUUGAAGGCAAGGACUUAAAUGGCUGGACGCCGCUUCAUUUCGCAAUAAUCGCUGGUCACUGCAAUAUUACCAGUUUGCUUAUAGAUUCAUGUGCGAACUUGGCAAGCGUCGAUGGUAAGGGUCGCUUACCCGUCGAUCGUGCUCAGACUGAAGAAAUGUUGGUUUUGAUUACACGAGCUAUGGAGAACGCUGGGUAUGUAGAAACAGCGCGUUUGUAUCUGGAAAAAUGGGGUUUACGAUCUCUCUCAUCUGAAGACGAAAUGUCAUCAUCUUUGUGUCAAGAAAGUACUGAAUUUUCUGAAGCAAAUAGUGUUACGGACAUUAGGCAACCUUCGAACGACAAAACGAUUUGUAGUAAAAAUCAAAAUAUUCAAGAUUUCGUUAUGCAAACCAAGUGUGAAUUGGUUUGGUCGAAGUCAUCAUAAAUUUUCUUAUCAGUGUGGAAUACAUUUUCUUCCAGGGGCGAUUUGAUAAAGGAGCGAUUUUUCAAAGCAAAGCAAAAUAACAAUAAAAAAUUAAACUUCCAGGUGAUCCAGGAGUGUUCUAUUAAAUAAAAAUUCGCUUUAAUAUAUUCCACAACAUCAACAAAUCGAGGAGAACGAAUAAUUGAAUUGUGACAGAUUGCAAAUGCCGUUAAUUUUUUUCAUAAGCCUGUUUACUUAGGAUCAGGAAAAUGGUGGGAUUGGCUUUCGCGUGUAACUGAAAUUCUCCGUUAAAGUUCCAAUCGAAAUGAUAGAAGUGUUGUUAAAAAUAGCCAGGGAAAUCCAGUGGGAUGUCACAGCAUUUUAGAAAGCUUAAGUUUGAAAAUAACGUCAUGUAACAAACGCUAUAAAAUAAGCUGUGACAAUUCAACCACGUUUAUACGAUUUUCAUCAGUAAAAAUAUGAGCCGUAAAUAUUAAAAAUCAAAA